AAUAUGUUGGACUUCGUGUUUGCUGUUGAUGAUUCUGUGACCUGGCAUAUGAUGAACUUGUUAAAGAACAGGAGUCAUUAUUCCUUCCUAAAAGUUUUUGGGCCAAAACAGAUAAGUAGCAUACAGAGCUACGGAGCAGGGAUUUACUACAAUACUUUAGUGCCAUGUAAUGGUAGGAUGAUAAAAUACGGUGUAAUUAGCACUGAUACCCUGAUUGAUGAUUUACUUCACUGGAAAACCCUCUAUGUUGCUGGACGCCUACAAAAACCGGUGAAAAUACUGACACAGAAUGAGAAUAGCAAGCUGCAAGCUGCUCUUGUUAGCAAUCUGAAGAGUGCAGUCACAGCAGCCUUUCUCAUGUUACCAGAAAGUUUCUCUGAAGAAGACCUCUAUAUGCAGAUUGCAGGACUCUCCUAUUCUGGUGAUUUCAGAAUGAUAAUAGGAGAAGACAGAUCGAAAGUGCAGAACAUAGUGAAACCUAAUGUUCUCCAUUUUCAGAAGCUGUACAGUAACAUAUUACAGGACUGCCCUCAAGUGGUAUACAAGCACCAUCUGGGAAGGCUAGAGAUUGAUAAAAGUCCAGAAGGUCAAUUUACACAACUAAUGGCCUUGCCAAGGACUCUGCAACAAAAGAUAACUUCUCUGGUAGACCCUCCUGGAAAAAACAGAGAUGUGGAAGAAAUUUUACUGCAAGUUGCCCACGAUCCUGACUGUGGAUUUGUGGUGCAUCAAGGCAUUUCAGGAAUUGUGAGAUCUUCCAGUAUAGUGCAGAGUGCUAAAACCAUACUAACAGCUGAUGUGACUCAUCACCCUGAGGGCUGCUUUAAGAAACCAGCUGGGCAAAGAAAAUCUAUAACUUACAGUACGAAGAAAUUAUAUAAAAUGACAAAGGGAUGGUUAAGGAAGACAUCCUGAGUCUUGACAUACUGUGUAUGGGUAAAUAAAUGGUACUUUCUCUCUGAAUAUUUUGCAGAUGUUGCUUUGCCUGCUUGAGAAGAUUAAAGUGCAUUUAAGUCUGUUCUAAUAACUUACAUGCCCAUUUUUACUACUAAAAUAGAAACUUUUGUUAGUGGGGGAAGAUUUGAUGGUAAUAGGGCAAAGGAAUUAUACAGUGCAAGUACUGAAAUGAAUUUUCCUGUAUACUAUAGCUUAGAUUUUGAAACCCUGAGUGAAAAGGAUUGAUUGUAUGUAUGAAUUAAAAAUGAAAGCCACUCAUUUUCUAUGUAUUGCUAGCUUUAUUUUCCAAAAUACCCCCAGGCUCUUUCAAAAUAUUCACUGUCACAAUUUUAGUUCUGUCGGGGACUUAUGGAACUGGAGAGUCCAUUGAGUUUUAAGUAGGCAUGAAACUGUCAUCUUGAAAUACAUUAUUUCUGCACUUACAAGUUCAUCCUUAGAAUUCUUCUGAAGAUGCUUACUGGGUGCUUCUGCAGGGUAGACUUCAUAAAAAGUAAAUUUUUUCUCAGAUGUGUGACGUUCUGAAUCCAACAAUUUUGACAAUGACUUUCAGUCUGGGAAAGUGUGUUUGAAAUGAGAAGCUUGUCAGGUAUCAGAUCCUUCCAUAAAAAUUGUUAUGUUCCUUUCAUGAGACUGAGGUGAC